CUGAAAAUUUAACCAAAGAGACUGAGCUCAAAGCCCUUCAAAAAGAAGUAACAUCGAAAGGUCAAUCAGUGACAGCCCUUAAAGCUCGAUACGAUAAUUUGAUUCAACGAUAUAAUAAAUUAUCUGAAGUAUUUGCACCAGAUCAUAUAAAGGAGUGCCUAAAACGUGCUGCCGAUGAGAGUCAUGAAAAGAGUGAAAGAAUAGCCGAAGAUUUCCUCAAUGGAAAAAUUGAUGUUGAACGAUUUUUGUGUACGUACAUCAAAUGUCGAAAAUUGGGACAGGCAAGGCGCACUAAAGAGGAAAAGUUGGCGCACCAAUUGAAUGAGUUAAAACGUGCUGGAUAUUAGAUUGGAUAAUAUAUUAAAAUUCAUUUACAUAUUCCAAUGAUACCCAUUGAAAAAGAAUUAUGAAAAUUUGAGCGAUGAAAUGUUAAUAUUACUAUGUUAAUAUUACUAAUCGAAGGGAUCUUCAAUUGCAUCUUUAUAUGACAAGGAAUUUCAUGCAGGAAAAAUCAACUACACAUUCCACUUAGAACACUUAACAACCGAAAGAAACUUUACUGGCUAGUAUCAGUUUGUUGCAAUCAUAUACGCCAGAAUAGUACAUUAUAUUAUUACGGGCCGUUCAUAAAUUAUGUGGUUUUUGUGGCAUGCGACGGAUACGAUCGAUCUUCCGCCACCUCCAAUGGGGGGGAGGGGGUCACCUUUAGUCUUAUGUGAUGAUGUGAAUUCCAGGAGUGUUAUCGAAGAUAUGUAUUUAUUUCAAAAUAAAAGCAACGAUUGGAGCAAA